UGCUGCCUGAAUCAUUACUCUUUGAAAUAUUGUGUCUUUCAGCCUCGAACACAAUGGCUGCAAGGAAACAGACAAAUUAACAUCAACCAUUAUGCCAAUAAGAAGAGUGCGGCAGAAAGUAUGUUGGACAUCGCUUUGCUUAUGGCGAAUGCAUCCCAGCUCAAAGCAGUUGUGGACCAAGGACCUACCUUUCCAACCUAUGUUCCACUUGUUGUCCUCAUUGGCCUCUCGCUCUCACUUCAGAUCAUAGUAGGCGUGCUUCUCAUAUUCCUUGUCAAAUAUGACCUUAAUAAUCCUGCAAAACAUGGCAAGCUGGAUUUCAUCAAUAAUCUGACAACUGGACUGGUGUUUAUUAUAGUAGUUGUGAAUAUCUUCAUUACGGCCUUUGGAGUUCAGAAGCCAAUGGACUCAAAAGUAUAGGUCAAAGAAGAGACCCAAGAUCUUAAAUGUUGGAGAUAAACGUUACGAACUUGAGCCAGUAUCUCUUAAAUGGAAAACAUGAAGAAUCUGAAGCAAUUCAAAAAAGCAUUAUUCUCUUUCAAUUGAACUUCUUCUCUAGAAACUGUUAGCCCAUGCCUCCACUGGCAGCUCGGAAUUCCUUGCUCUCUGUGCCUUAUAUGUUGAACAGAGAAAGGAGGUGAUUUCUACACUUGAAAGUAUGGGCUUCACAGGAGUAGAAAGACAGCUGAAAAUUCUGCACUAAAGGAAGGCAAGUUCAUCUUGCAAAACUCAACUUUCUGAUCCCAAUAUUUAACAAAAAAAUGAACUAUUUUUUGAAAAAAAAAAU